AUGUCAGAUAGUAACUCAUUGGUCAUUCCUUUCAGGCGGGACUGAUUAUUUCGCUCGUUGUUUUCUACCUAGAGCUCUACUGAAAUUAUGUGCUUCACAGGUGGUGACUAUCUAUGGCAUCAUUUAUCUUGAGGAUGGGAUGAUCCUUUUCUGAUCCAUUCAUGACCUACUUGGUGACUCAUGACCUUGGAUUGUAUGAUGCAGUUGAUUUAGGAUCAAGGUACUAAGAAAAAUGUUGGACACAGAUGAUGGAGGCGACGAGCGCUUGUACGACCGCAAUUGGUCGUGCGAAACGUGUGGGGGAAAGACUCUCUGUCCCAGUGGUGUCCGCUUCCGGAAAAAAAUGUGGACUCUUGGCCGGCUUCGAAAGAGGGGGCCAUGGCUUGAAGAAAAAGAUAUUUUAUGGCUUCCCCUAACCCAUCUGAUGAUGCAUCCUAGGGAGGCUUUUUGAGGGGAAAAGAGCCCUGGGAUGAAUCUCAAGAUAAAUAAGGGUGAGCUCUAAAUAUUGAAUCAAACCCGCAGACAGGAGCAGUAGAGCUCUCAGAUGUAGUAGAUAGGAAGCUUGACGACGACGCAUCAACACUGGAUAUCUGCAUGCGUUUAGAUAAAAAUGCAACUAUUCCGUGCCUAGAGUUCGUUUUUCUGUCGAAGCAAGUGGAGCGUCAUAGAAGAAAACAGCAGAAUGAGGCUGCAGGGUAUCUGUUGUUCCAAGUCUUGCUGGAAGAGGACGACAACGACACUGUGAUUCCGCCGUCAGCUGGUACAGAUCGUUCCCAACACGAUGUCGAGAACGACCCCGCGUGUCCGGUAUCAGCUGGCACAGAUCCUUCCCAACAAGAUGAAAGAAGCACGAACAUCACCAGAGAAGAAAGUAUCUCUACGGGUACUAGGAAAAAAAAAAACUCUACGGGUACUAGGAACAGCACUAUCAGGGAUACACACGUGACAGAAGAAAGUGCCCUCGUCAAAGUGCGGAAACUAGCGGGGUUCAGUCUUCGCGGGUUACGGAUAUCACCAGCUUUGCGUAGAGGCGGCAUCGGUGCGAAAUUAGUCCGCGCCUGGUUGGAGUUCUGUGCGUUUACCAGGAGCCCUUCGAUUGUGACAAACAAAAUGGAUAAGCCUGUACUGAGUCUGGCCUUACAGCGUGCAGGCAUGCAACCGAUUCGCGACAACGUCUCAGUUCUUGUCCUGAAACCACGCAGUUUGGAGGAACGACGAGAAUGGGAGGAUUUCUGUCAUGCUACAGAUCGCGAAAAGAGUUCUCCUGCUGGAGGAGAUAUGGACGCCUUCGCGAAAGCUUUUUGUCCUAAAGAUACGCAGCAGCUGCCUGCCCCACUGAUGUCGGAUGACGAGAUUACAAUUCCUGUUGCAACGCCUGUUUCGCCCGACGCACAAAAAGAGGAAGAUCUGGGCACGAGCAAGCGCCGCAAAAAAGCCAUUGCCGACAAAAUAGAUAGUAAGCCCAAGUAUACGUACGUGAACAAGGAUACCGUGUUUCUGUACUCUGAAAACCGACAGCAGGCCAAGAGUGUCUUCGCCGGGAGUUACUUGAAAACGCAAAACAUGGUUUUAUUCAGUCCUGAAUGGCGGCCAGAUGACUUUGAUUUGAUGAAUAUUGAGAUGAACAAUAGAACUCAGUUAGAUGACUCUGAUUUGAAUACUGAGAUGAAUACAACUCAGAGCAGAGCGGAUGGUCGCUGUAGCGAAGGGUCUAUCAAUCCAGAAACUACUGCAAACACGAAAAGCGGGAUUAUGCCAGCAUCACGGGGACGGAGAGCUUUCGUAAAUACACCCUUUUACUACGAUCAAGAAGAUGCGGCAGCUGGUACAACUUGGAAGGGUGAUCGCGUGGUCGAGUGGAACCAAUUUUGCGGCCAUUGUUUCCGAACACAAAUCUUGCAGGUGCUAGAAGCCUGGUUGAAGAAGACAGAUUCCUCACCCCAUCAACCUCUUAAUGUCUCUUGACAUUUUCCCCAGCUUACUAAAUUUGAGUUGUUUCUCCAAUCUUCGGCGCAUCGACAUAAAGGACAGCCUGGAAAGUUGUACAGCUACAGUCUCUAGUAGUCUUGAUGUUAU